UCUCAGUGAGUGCAAUGAGCUGCUUUUCCCUGCAAGCUGAGGAGCUGUGCUCUGCCCCAAGUCCCUGCUGCUGGGAGGUGGCACGCAGGCAACUGGAAGGUCCCCAGCGUGAAUGUUGGAUGUGUGAUGUGACGGCUCUUCUGUCCUGCCUUGCAUGAGCACUGUGGUUACACCAAGCUGGAGCUGACUUCUGAAGCUCUUCUCGGAUUUGCCAGUUCCUGUAUGCGGAUGGGAAUCGUGUUCUGGCUCCUUUUCAGUGCUAUAGGAGAAGCUGAUGCUCUGAAGAGGAUUUUAAAGCCUGCAGUUACUAUAAAAUUUGUCGACUGGUUCCAGCUAAGCAGAUCUUCAGCUGAAGGCUGUGGCCCUGCAAAGGACUGGUGAAGGGUUCCUGUAGUCAUUACAUUAACAACCCUGAUGAUGCAAACUGCUUUGAGAAGAGUCCAGAGCAGAAGCUGCUGUACUUGAACCCAUCUGCACAUUUGAGAGGGGGAAGUGAGAAGCUGAGCGUGGAAAACUCAUAAGGAACUGAAGUUUGUGAGCCCAGGGGACGAGAGGGCGUGGGUCGCCUCUUCUGCCAGCCGCGUGCGGUGAGCUCUCACGUGCCAGAGGACAAGGGUGGAGGAGAGCAGCCACGAGAAGCUGGGGCCGUGUGGGUGAGCCAAAGGGCAUUCAGCUGGUGGGCUGUGACAACGGAGGGUCCUCACCACCCUGCAGCAGAGACAACUGCUGCCAGGUAGAUGCCUUCAGGGGAGUGGACAACUCCAGCUGAACUGAUGAAUCUUGGCACCUGAUAGAAGGCUCAGCUUCUGAUAUGAAGAAGGAUAUAGAGUCUUUAAUAGCCCAGGAAAAAGCAGAAAUCGUCGCCAAGUAUGAGAAGGGCAGACAGGAAGGAGUUCAGAUUGACCAGUGGGAAGAUGCUGAUUUCACACUCUACAAAGUUACAGACCGGUUUGGAUUCCUGCACGAGCAGGAGCUGCCAUCCCGCACCGCCUUGGAGGAGAAGCAAAGACAGCAGGAAAUAGAACGUGUGGACAAGUGGCUUAAGAUGCUGAAGAAAUGGGGCAAAUACAGAAACAGUGACAAGAUGUGCCGGCGUGUGUACAAAGGGAUCCCGCUUCAGGUGCGAGGCCAGGUCUGGUCACUUCUGCUGGAUGUCGACAAGAUGAAGAAGGAGAAUGAAGGAAAAUAUGAGCAAAUGAAAGAACGAGCCAAGAGUUCUUCAUCGGAAAUCAAGCAGAUCGAUUUGGACGUUAACCGCACCUUCCGAAACCACAUCAUGUUUCGGGAUCGCUACGGUGUGAAGCAGCAGGCACUCUUCCAUGUCCUGUCAGCAUACUCAGUUUAUAACACUGAAGUGAGCUACUGCCAAGGGAUGAGCCAGAUUGCAGCCAUCCUCCUGAUGUACUUGAACGAAGAGGAUGCGUUCUGGGCGCUGGCACAGCUGCUCACCAACCAGCGCCACGCCAUGCAUGGUUUUUUCAUUCCUGGGUUCCCGAAGCUGCAGAGGUUUCAAGCCCACCACGAGCAAAUUUUAAACAAACUGUUCCCCAAACUGAAGAAGCACAUGGACAAGGAGCAGAUGACUACCGGGAUUUACACAACCAAGUGGUUCCUGCAGUGUUUCAUUGACCGGACCCCAUUCACUCUGACCUUGCGGCUGUGGGAUAUCUACAUCCUGGAAGGGGAGCGGGUGCUGACAGCCAUGGCUUACACCAUCCUCAAACUGCACAAAAAGCGUCUGCUGAAGAUGACACUGGAAGAUUUACGUGAAUUUCUGCAGGAGAAAAUCGCUGCUUCCCUGCAGUACGAGGACGACGCUGUCAUUGAGCAGCUGCAGGUGUCAAUGACUGAACUGCGCAAGAUGAAAUUUGACCUGCCCCCGCCAGCAAAGCCUGAGGAGUUUCCAAGGAAACCCCUGGGCCUGGAGCUCUCCCUCAACCCAGUAGCCAUAAAGGAAAACGCAGCGGCCAAUGGCCAGAACGGCCGGGUGAGCGAGCACGCUGCAGACAGGGAGCCCCAUUCCCACGGAGUUCCUGGCGCACCAGGAGGAAUGACAGUGGUGGAAGCGAGGAUUCCCACCUUCCAGGGUAGUGAAGCAGCUGAAGCAACGAAUGUGCUUGUUCCGGGUGGGCGGCCAUCGGAUGAGGAGGAUCAGGUGCAGCCCAUCGUGGACAGGCAGCCAUCAUCUCUUCCGAAGGCAAGCGAGACACAGGCCCAGCAACACCUCCUGCCCAUGGUCCUGCUUCCAGAGCAGCCUCUUCUUGCCCCUGGCUGUGCCGUGGUGGGCCGUGGAGUCUCCCGCCAGGCCCCAGCUGAGUACAGCUCCUUAGACUCCUCUCUCCAAGACAGACCGGCUCCUCCUGUCUCCAGCACUGCUGAGCUUUCUGCUCCAGACCAGGCAGCGUGGCAGCCAAAUCCCAGUGCCCCGCCGGCAGAAGAACAGGCACCUUCCCUGAGCAGAGACGCAGUGCUCGAAGCAGCCCCCCAUCCUGUGCCAGCCAGCUGCCAGCAGCUCUCCUGCACGUCACACAGCGAUGGCUCCCCCGAGAGCGAGCGCGGGGAGGAGGCGGGGGAUGACAGGCACCGCAGGGCGGUGCUGCCGGACCAACCGGGCCUGAAGCGCUCGACAUCCAAAGCUGCAUCCACAGGAGAGCUCCUCAGCCUGCAGCACAACGGGCUGGGCAGCGCCACCGGCCCCACGCGCUGGCCCGAGGCCGUGGGCGCGCUGCCCACGCACAGGCAGGCGGGGGGCAGCGUGCCCGUCUUGUCCCGCAGAGAGCCGGAGGCGGCGGGGCUGGCCGAGAGCUGCCCCGCCCAGCGGGCACCGUCCCCUGUGGUGGAAGGGAACAGCCCCUACGUCGUUAUCAAAACCACCACUCCCCUCCACCUGGCCCAUGCGACAGAGCAGGACUUCUUGAACAGAAAGCAGGUGGCAUUGCCUCUGUCAGAGACUGGACGUGCCCCGCCUACCGCCUCCGUGCUGCCACCUCUUACGCCGGACUCAGAGGAGGUAGAGGUUCAGAAAAGCCUUCAGAAACCGUUAAAUGCACUGAAAGCCCCACGACCCCCGCUGAGCCCCAAACCAAAAUUACCGCCGCAGGUUGCCAAAUCCCGCUCAGAGAACAGUUUCCUUUCAGGCUCUCCUUCCCUGGCAAAGCUGCCCAAAUCGGUGACGUUCUAG